AUGGCGUCAAGAAGCUUUGCCUUGCUGCUUCUCUUCUGCAUCAUGUUCAUGCAUGCUUCUUCUGAUAACGCUCAUGGGCAUGGCUUCUUUCACGUUCAUGCAGUUCCUAAUCGAAAGAUGAACAUGAGGAUGGAACUGGGAAGAUCAAACGAAGCUUUGAAGAUAAGAAAUGAAAUGAAGGGGAAGACGAAGAAAGGAUUGUACGAAGAGCUGAGGAACGUUCCAUCGGGACCUGACCCAUUGCACCAUAAUGGGAACCCUCCCAAGAAGCCGAAGGCUAUCCCUUGAUGAAUAUAUUCAUAUAACCUUGUAAUGUUUUGUUUUUUUUUU